AUGGCCUUCCUCAAGCGCGCCCUGGGCAAGCACAAGCCAAGCAUGCUGCAGCGCCAAGGGGCGGAGGACGAGGAGGCCGAUGCCGCCAUGGAGCCCUGGGCCAACACCAGCUCCUCUGGCCGCCACUAUGAGGACGUUCACCGACAACAGCAGCGGCAGCAGCAGCAACAACAGCAAGCAUACAACCAGCUGCCGCGACAGCAACAGCAACAGCAACAUCCCAAUCACGGCCAUCCAUCGCCCGUACCACAGCGAAUGCAUGACCCGUACUCCAAGCACGGCGCAGUUCCCAGCGACCUCGCCACAGCAAAGGCCCAGCUGCUGCACGACGCUGCCCAGCUCAGCGCCUUGCAGCUGCCGCUCGCCCAGCACCACCUGCCAGAUAGCGCACAUCGCCACCGUCGCCAGCGCGCCUACACCACAAUACAGCGCAGCACGCCAGACACCAGCGGAGGCCCGGUCUUCGCAGAUGGCAUCGCAGAGUCUGACUAUGACGACAAGCAGCCCCACUACCACCACCACCACCACCAGCAGCAGCAGCAGCAGCAGCAGCAGCAGCAUGACCACCACAAACACCAUCUCCACCAUCAUCAUCGCCACCAUCACCAUCACUAUCACGAUGUAACCAACGAGUCGUUGGAAGGUGAUGACAGCGACGACUUGCGCGAUGUGGGGUCAAACACAAAUCCGGCGCAGAAUGCGUCUGGCAUCGCCAGCAAAGGUGGUCGAAGCGACCGUCAUCAACCCGCAGCCCACCCCAGCGUGCACUGGAGCGAUGGCGUUGGUGGCCGCGAACACAGUGAUGACAACAACAACAGCAGCAGCAGUAGCAGCAACAACAGCAGCAGCAGCAACAGCAACAACAGCAACAGCAACAGCAUUCAUCGCACAGGCUCGCACUUGCCCACACACGCCCGGCGCGCAAGGCGGGCGCGUGCAGCCACGUUUGCUGCACGCGACAUGCACUCGCAGCGAUACCCUGACGUGAGCAAGCUGCUGCGCAAGCCUGGGCUCACUGCCGACGAGAUGGGGCAGGCAGGCCUGCUGGAGGGCCCGGGCGAGCACGGCAACGACGACGGCAGCGGCCCAGGGACACCGCUGCUGCGAAGCCGCGCCAGCAGCAACGCAGGCCUGCAGGUCGUCAACUUGGAUGACGAGGACGAUGAGGAGGACGAGGACGAGGACGAGGAUGGGGGCGAGGAAGGAGGCAAUCGAGAGGGAGACGACGGAGUAGCUUCCGGUGUGACAGGGAGCUCUGAGCAACCGCAUGAGGCCACGGCCCAGGGGAGCGCCCAACACACCGCUGAGGAUGGUGGCGCGAACGCAGCUGCAAGUGAUCAGCACCUGGACAGCACAAGCAGCAAUGCCAGCAACGCCAGCACCAGCAGCAACGCCAGCGCAGCACGCAGCAAAGCGAGCGCCCACGCAGCACGUGUGCCCCUCCUGCCGGACCCGUGCUUUGAGGCGCGCGAGUACAGCCAGCGGCUGCCAUCUGCGUCGGCGUGCGCCGCCAUCCUGCACCACGGCACCGUGGACGACCGUGCGGGUCUCAUGGAGGCCAUCAUGGUGCGCUGCGCGCAGGAGGACGACUUUUGCACGUCCUUCUUCACCGACGACCUGCUGAAUGUGAUGGUGCGCCAGGCUGCUUGCCGCGACGUGGCCACGAGCAAGCGGGUGGGCAACUUUGCCAUGCGCGCGCUGCUGUAUGCUGCAGGAAACAUCCACCUGUACCCGCGCCUGCUCAAGCACGCGGGCUUGUUUGGCGCCAUUGAGUGCCGGAUCCAAGGCAGCGACGUACAGGCGUCUCGGGACGCUGCGCGGCUGCUGAAUCAGCUGGCCCGCAUCGACCCGGGCACUGGCGACGCCAUCAUCACCCACAGCAAGAACAUGGCGCGCGCAUGCGUGCUGCUGCUGGUGCGCGCGGAACACACGGCCACGCUGCAGCUGUGCUCUGCGCUGGCGGCGCUGCGCCGCAACACGCUGGACCUGAGCCCCUUUGCCGCCAACGAGGAGCUCCUGGCCACCCUUGUGCAGCUGGUGUGCAGCCCCGUCACGUGCUACGACGUGCAGGUGGCGGUGGCGCAUGCCCUCAAUAACCUCGCCUGCGUGUGCCAGAAGGCGCGCAGUGUGCUGUACAGCAUGCUGCAGGAUGCCCCAGCUCCACCACGCGACAUGUCCCCAGCCCACUCCUCCGUCCCUCCCAGCCCGAGCCGUGGUGCGGCUGCGAGGGGCGGCACAGACACGGGUCCACAGCAGCCACAGCAGCAGCAGCAGCAGCAGCAGCAGCAGCAGCAGCGGCAACAACAACUCCCCAGUGGCGGUCACAGCGCUCUCUUGCGCGGCCGCCGUGCAUCCAUGCCGUCAUCAGCCAUGGCACGCGGCAGCCCCCAGGCGUCUCCUCCGAGUGCCGUGCCGCGCAUGCCCUCGUCGCCACCGCCGAUCGGCUCGCAACAGGAGGGUCAGGGACAGCACCCAGCACAGCGGGCAGCGCAGCGGUUACGGCGGCGCGGGCAGACGUGUGUUGUGCGCACGGGCGCAUCGUCCUCCAUGGCCAUUCCACCAGCUGCACAGCACCUGCUCAAACUGCUUCAGGAGACGCCUGGGAACGGCCAGCAGUCGCUCUUUGGUGGCGGGCUGCAGCAACACCAGCAGCACCAGCACCAACCGCACGGCCGGACACGGGCCGCGUCUCUCAGCUUGAACUUGCUUCGUGGCAUGGCGACUCACUCCUCGGCGCUCGCUGGCCGCCACAGCUCGUCGCCGUCGUCACCACGUGCGCAGGACGGCAGUGGCAUCGGUGGGCAUCGGCAGCAGCACGAGGGGCAGCGCCAGCGGCACCACAGCGAGCGUGUGCACUCCACAGCAAGCCAUGCUGCUGUAAUGGACGCGGCAAGUGCCGGGGGCCGCAACAUGAGCGAGGCGAGCGAGGAGAGCGGGAACGGCAGCAGGGAGCACGUCCCACGCCGCGACACGCCAAGGCCCGUGGCGUUUGGCGCUGAGGGUACAGGGCGCGAUGACGCGUGGUCCGGCUCGGACAGCGUCGAUGUGGAUGAGUAUGGUGACGGGGAUGAUGGCAGUGAUGAGGAGCAGCAAGAGGAGCAGGGUAACGCUGCCCGGGGUGGUGCUGCAGAUGUGGAUGACGCAGGUGCGGGCACAAUGCAGGAAGGCACAUCCUUGCUUGAUGAGCCGCCAGUGGCGGUGCCGGCCGAUACGGGCCGCCGCCGCGCCACCUCCAUGGGCGCACACGCCAUGGUGCUUCAAGCGGCGCGGGAGAGGCUUCUGCAGCAGCAGUGGCACCAGCAGCAACAAGAACAACAACAGCAGCUGCAGCUGCAGGCGGCCAAAGGGCGGAGAAAGGCCAACACGCUUGCUGCUGCACCCGACCCUGCUCUGCUGUUGCAGCUGCAACGCAUGCAGGAGCAAGAGCGGCAGCAGCAGGGACAGGGACAGGAGCACCCAGGGGGUGUGCAGUCGAGUGCGACCCAGUUUUCGCGCGUCCCUGCGCCCACACCGCGACCUCACCGCCAGCUUCCCACCCCUGGCCGUGCUCGUGCCCAGACCCUCAGCACCAUAUCCCGCCACCACAGCGCGCGUCCGCCAUCAUGAUCCCCUCUGUGCACAUGUGUGUGUGUGUGUGUCAGUGUGUCAGUGUGUGUGUGUGUCAGUGUGUGUGUGUGUGUGUGAGUUAGUCUGUGUCUAUGUCCUUGUCUUUGUCUAUGUGUGUGUGUGAGUUAGUCUGUGCCUAUGUCCUUGUCUUUGUCUCUCUGUGUGUGUCUGUGUGUCUGUGCCGCGUGGCUUCUUUAUUGUGCUUUGUUUGUUGAUGUCUUUCCGUAUCCCUUUCUGGCCUUCCGUUUCCUCGUGCUCUUGCUUGCUUGCCUGCUUGCACCGUGUGCACUUUCUCUUCGCAUCUCAUUGUUCACCUUACUUGCUGACUUGCGUACUUGUUUGCCUGCUUUUGUUGUGGUUGCUUGUCUUUUGUCGUUUGCUGGGAUGGCGUGACUGUGAUGAUGAAUGAAUCAAAUGAACCAC